AUGAGUGAGACGGAUCUAGACUUAACUAAUAUGGCUGAUCAGGAUAAGGAUAAAAGAACAGCAAACGUUCCGCUUCCGGAGAAGAUCCAUUUACUAUCCUUACGAGAGCUCCAAGAGUUAAUCACGGAUCAUUGCAAUGAAUUGAUGUUAUACGUUGGUAGAUUCCAUCCACAAAACAAAAUACGAGAGGAGCUCGUUAAGUUGAAGCACCAGUUGGAGGAGCUGCAUGAGAAAUUCAAAUUAUUAGAGGACGAAAGAAGCAGAACUCAAGGGGAACUUGAAGCCUGUCGAGUGCUAGAGUCACAAUAUGUCAUGCAAUAUCAAGACUUGGAACAGAAGAUCAAAAAAAGUUACAGCAACGAAGAAUUGAAAUCACAAUUGGAAAUUGAAAUUAGGCAUCUCUAUGAUGACAGUAAUAGAUUGGAACUAGAAGCCAAAUACGAUGCGAAUAUUGAUCAAUUUGUUAAAAAUUACAUGACUGUUAGAACCGAAUAUCAUAUCCAGCGGAAAAAAAUGUCUAGCUGGAAUGCACAAGGAGAAUUAAAAAUCUAA